AUGCUCUUCUCCAACAAGCUCAUCGGUGUCUCCCUCCUGGCCGCUCUUGCUGCCUACGCCGCGCCCGCUGGUGUCGCCGCCGAGGGCUCGCUCGAUAUCCGCGCCGACAACGAGGGCUACGACCUUGUCCUGUCGCACGAGCGUUCCCUCGCCAAUGCCGAUCCCGCGUCUGCCAUCGCCCGCCGCGACGCCUGGGAUGACCAGAAGAAGGCCUUUGCGCAGGGCCAGUGCGACAGCCUCCAGGGCCAGUACCCCAACUCAAACAUUAUCGUCUACAACAAGAACGAGGCGUUCGCUUUCAAGGCCAACAACUUCAAGGACCAGGGCGACGUCGACACUACCUCGGACCCCACCGCGGAGGGACAGUACAACACUGCCUCCUUCCACUGGGUCGUGUUCUACGGCUCGGGCUCGUUCUCUCCUCGCGGCCAGCAGGACUAUGCCUACGCGGGCAUCACCUUCAGCUCGCAGGACUCCAUCAUCUUCCAGGACAGGGUCUAG